GCGUGGGGCAGCUGAACGGCCAGAGGAGCGGCCUCCGCGAUGGAGAAAUUCAAGGCUGCGAUGCUGCUGGGGGCCGUGGGGGACGCGCUCGGACACAGAAAUGCCCACAAGGAUAACAGUGCCUCUGGCAGGAAGGUCCCGGAGGGGCCGCAGCGAAGCGGGAGCCUGGACCAGCGGCCACUCUCCCCGGAGACGUGGCCAGUGAGCGACAACACCAUCAUGCACCUGACGACGGCCGGGGCCUUGACCACAGACUACUGGUGCCUGGACGACCUGUACCGGGAGAUGGUGAGGCGCUACGUGGAGGUCCUCGAGAAGCUUCCAGAACACUGGGCGGACCCGGCCACCCUGGAAGGCUGCUCGCAGUUGAAGCCAGAUAACUACCUCCUCGCCUGGCACACGCCUUUCAACGAGAAGGGGUCAGGGUUCGGAGCCGCCACCAAAGCCAUGUGCAUCGGCAUGCGGUACUGGAAGCCAGAGCGCCUGGAGACACUGGUGGAAGUGAGCGUCGAGUGCGGCAGGAUGACCCACAACCAUCCCACAGGCUUCCUCGGGUCCCUGUGCACGGCCCUGUUUGCGUCGUACGCUGCGCAGGGCAAGCCGCUGGAGCAGUGGGGCAGGGACAUGGUGCGGACAGUCCCGCUGGCCGAGGAGUACUGUAAAAAGACAAUCCGGCACCUGGCAGAGUACCAGGAGCACUGGUUUUACUUUGAAGCUAAGUGGCAGUUUUACUUGGAGGAGAGAAAGAUCAGCGACGACACGGGGAGCAAAGCCAUCUUCCCCGACCGCUAUGACGCAGAGGAGAGGGACAAGGCUUACCGGAAAUGGAGCUCGGAAGGCCGAGGGGGCCGGCGGGGCCACGAUGCCCCCAUGAUUGCCUAUGAUGCUCUCCUCGGAGCUGGGAACAGCUGGACGGAGCUCUGCCACCGGGCCAUGUAUCACGGAGGCGAGAGCGGGGCCACGGGGACCAUUGCGGGCUGCCUGUUCGGGCUGCUGCAUGGCCUGGACGCGGUUCCCGCGGGCCUAUACCAGGACCUGGAGCACAGGGAGGAGCUGGCACGCCUGGGCGAGGCCCUGUACCGCCUGUCCACAGAGGAGAAGUAAAGCCUCCCGCCGCUGUCUGGGGCCCACGGCCCUCCUGGUGUGCGCCACGCCUCCCCGGCCAGAAUCGCAUCUAACCCUCCCCUCCCCAAUGUCAGAACCCCACCUGCCGCAUGAAAUGC